GACUCUAGGGCUGCAGAUAAGACUGUUGCCAUGGUCCUGAAGGAGAUACCAAGUAAGGCGUCAUCAGAAGGGAAGCCCCUCCUCACGGUGACUAACAAGCUGGUGGGUGAGCAACAAGAGAGUCGCCCACUUCUGAGUCCAUCCAUUGACGAUUUCCUUUGCGAGACCAAGUGUGAUGGGCUUUCCCGACCAGUGACCUCUAACACUGCAGUUUUGUCGUCAACAUUGGACCUACUGGACCUCAGUGAGCCAAGUGAGCAGAAAAACAACAAAGACAGGAAGAGUCCUCGUUCGUCCCGGCGUGAAAAGCAAAACAGUCCGCACAGGAAAAAGACCGCUGAGACAGAACUGAUCCAGGUGGAGACGGAACAGAGCACGCGGACACCAGAGAGGGUGUCACUGGACUCCGCUAACAUUGGUUCACCUUUGGAUAAAUGGGAAGACUUGAACCCCAACCCUGAGCGAAACGGCAACAGGAGGUGGAAAUUGGAGAGACGGCGUUCAUCUAAAAACUCUUCAAAUGAAUUUCUAUGGUCCAUUGACUGUAAAACCCCAUUAGAGCCAUUGAGUAAGAACUCUGUGGAGGCAAACACCAAAGUGGAGCCAGAGUCUGCUCUAGCAUCUCAACUCAACAGACAGUAUAUUAGUGGAAGACAUGCUCGUCUAACCAAGGAUCAGAGGUGGGGCAGCGCCCUCCUGUCCAGACAUCAGUCCCUAGAAGAGGAGUUUGAGCGAGCCAAGGCUGCUGUGGAGUCGGAUACAGAGUUCUGGGAUAAGAUGCAGGCAGAGUGGGAGGAACUGGCACGGCGAAACUGGCUGACGGAAAAUGAACAAGCCCAGAUACCCUCCACAGUCUCGCCUUAUGAGAAGGGUUACUACUUCCACACAGAUAAUCCCUAUAAGGACUUGCCUAAUGCGUUUGAGGAAGGGCUGAAGAAGUCUCGAGAAGGAGACUUGCCAAAUGCGGUGCUUAUGCUGGAAGCGGCCGUCUUGCAGGACCCUCACGAUUCAGAGGCGUGGCAAGUGCUGGGGACAACGCAGGCCGAAAAUGAGAAUGAACAGGCAGCAAUUGUCUCCCUUCAGAGGUGCUUGGAGCUCCACCCCAACAACCUGCCGGCUCUCAUGGCCGUGGCGGUGAGCCUGACCAACACGGGCAUGCGUUAUGAGGCGUGCGAGGCUCUGCUUCGCUGGCUAAGACACAACCCGAAAUACAAACAGCUCCUGAAGGGCAAAAAUCACCUUGUGGGAUCCCCAAACUCCCAGCGCAGGUUGUCCUAUGCACCCAACAUGGGCAGGCAUGAAAGCGCCAUGCUACCUGAGGUCAAGGAACUUUUCCUGGAAGCAGUCCAGCACAAUUCGGACACCGUUGACCCGGACUUGCAGACGGGCCUCGGGGUGCUUUACAACCUCAGCGGAGAGUUCAACAAAGCGGUGGACGCAUUCAACACGGCCUUGUCGGUGCGGCCUGAGGAUUAUUUGCUGUGGAACCGGCUAGGGGCCACUCUGGCAAACGGAGACCGGAGCGAGGAGGCGGUGGAGGCGUACACACGAGCUUUGGAACUGCAGCCGGGAUUUAUCCGGUCCCGCUACAACCUGGGAAUCAGCUGCAUUAACCUCGGAGCACACAGAGAGGCGGCAAGCAACUUCCUAACAGCCCUCAGCCUUCAACGGAAAAGCCGGAGUCGGCAGCAGUCACACCAGGUCAUGUCUGGAAACAUAUGGGCCGCUCUCCGGAUAGCUUUAUCCAUGAUGGACCAGCCCGAACUCUUCCAGGCUGCAAACAUAGGUGACCUGGAUCUUCUCAUGAGAGCCUUUAACUUAGACAUAUGA